CUGCUUCUGCCUUUCGCCCCCAAGGGAGCUAACCCGCCAAUCGAGACCGAAGAUGACCGUCUGCACGUUUUUCCAGCAGGGGCGCUGCAGGUUUGGGGAUAAGUGCAAAUUCGAGCACCCUGGCCGAAGCACAGCUGGUUCUUCCGGGAAUAGAUUCGGAGCUCUCUCUGGGUUUGGUGAGUAUAUCUCGCGUUAAUAUGCCAGCCAUUUCACCCCAAACUAUGCAGGCAAUGCAUGCCUACAGUUUAAGACUAUCCGUUUGCUCCUUGCUCGUCUUAUCUCUUUCCUUCUAUUGCUCUCUGCCCAUUGUACUUGUAUCAAUACCAAUGUCCAGACAAGGCCCUGUUCACUUAGCCUUUCGCCGCGUCGAUACAUUACCGUUUGGCCCUGAUUUGAAGCCAAAGCCAUUGUCUAACCGAGCAUCUACGACAGGUGGAACAUCUGCGCCAAGCCAAUCCCAAAACAAGAAAUAUGCAGACGACUUCGGCGUCAGCGCAAGUGAUAUCAAACUUGACCUGACCGCGGGAAAGAACCGUCCACUCUGGAUCCUUUCCUCCUAUUCACCACAGCAGAAUGUUCCACGUCAGCUGUUCGGUGGUCCUGGGCGUGAGCAGAGUCCGGAAGAAUUGCGUGUGCGCCAUUAUGAAUUGGCAGCUGCGGGUAGCAUUGACCAGGCGGUCCAAGAAUCCCAGGCCCUCUGGCAAGAGUCUAUCAAACAGAUGGAAGUCGUCUUGGGUGAUCUUAAUGGCGCCGUGAAGUUCAUUAUUGAUGGAAAGAACGAGCAUCCUAACAGGCUCGAUAUCGUUGAAGGCAAGACAGGACCCGAUGCUACCCAAGCGCCUGGAACCCUCGGUGGUGCUCCUUCGGGAUUCGGACAACCAUCAGCUUUGGGCCAGGCAUCUGGUUUCGGUCAACCUUCAACCCCCGGCCAGUCUUCAGGUUUCGGGCAGCCCUCAACUCUGGGCCAGUCCUCUGGCUUCGGCCGACCGUCGACUCUGGGGCAAUCCGCUGGCUUCGGCCAACCCUCGACUCUAGGUCAAACGUCUGGUUUCGGACAGCCCUCAACUCUAGGUCAGUCAUCUGGCUUUGGGCAACCUUCAACUCUGGGUCAAUCGUCUGGCUUCGGACAGACCUCGAGUUUAGGCCAGUCAUCCGGGUUUGGACAGCCAUCCAACAUAAGUGGCUCUGGCUUCGGGCAGCCGUCGACCCUGGGAGGACAAUCCGGGUUUGGCAAACCAGGCUUCGGACAGCCCGCAGCUCCGGCAGCAAACCCUUUCGGCGCUCCAGCUUCCUCAUCCUCACCCUUUAGCCAGAUCUCCAACAAUCAACCCGCCUCUGGGGGCUUCGGACAGCCUGCUCCUACGAAUGCUCCCUCGCCAUUUACACAGACAGCUUCACAGCAACCUGCAGCUCCUGCCUUCUCUCCUGCCUCCGGUGGAUUCGGGCAGCCACAACCGACGUCUGGAUUCCCACCACAACCCUCCGCACUCAAUCCAUUUGGGACCUCCUCCCAACCAGCAGCCAACCCAUUCGGCCAGCCCGCCGCACCACAAGGCGUCCCAGUGCAGCAUGUUGACGCUGGCCCUCGAGCGUUUCUCAAACUUGAUGACCCGAACCAACUCAACCCACUCCCAGAACUACAGGGCGAAACAAGGCACGACCCAUCAUCUAAACGUCUGACUAUGUGGAAGGGCCGUCCAGUGAAGUAUGUCAAUGACCACCCUUGUUAUUUGCACCCGCAAGACAACACGACGUUGGUCCGAGUCAAUUUCCCCAGUGGGCCGCCCGAUCCAGCAAGUCUGCGCGACUCUCAAGGCAAGCCAGAGGAAUACACCCCAGAGGUUGCCGAGGCAUAUGAAUUCUACCUCAACAACGGGUACUUCAAGGAUGGCAUUCCAUCCGUUCCCCCUAAGAGAGAGUGGAUCAGCUUCGAUUUUUGA